AUGAAACACUGCAAUCCAUCCCCUGAUUCAAUAUUAUUAUAUAAGGAAGCUACAAUUAUUAUUAUUUUGAACUUUAGCAAUCACUUUGUUUUUCUUUUAGAUCCAUAUCAAAGGCAUAUAUACACAUUUACAAUGGCUGAAAAACCUAUUAUUUUUGCACCAGAGACCUAUCAAUAUGAUAAAGAUACUCUUAAUGAAUCUCAAUUAUUAAAUGAUCCUAUUGAUCAAUUCACAAAAUGGUUUAAUGAAGCUAAAGAGGACCCAAGAGAACCAUUACCUGAAGCUAUCACAUUUGCCUCCGCAGAAUUACCAUCAGGGAAAGUUAGUACUAGAAUCUUGCUAUUUAAAGAAUUGGAUCAUAGAGGCUUCACCAUCUAUUCGAAUUGGAAAACGUCGGGAAAGGCCAAAGAUAUUGCCAGUAAUCCUAACGCCGCAGUGAAUUUCUUUUGGAGAGACAUGCAAAGACAAGUUAGAGUGGAAGGUUUCACGGAAUUUGUCUCUCGUGAAAUGUCCGAAAGAUAUUUCAAUACGAGACCAAGAGGUUCUAAGAUUGGCGCUUGGUCCUCGGAACAAUCUCAUCCAUUGGCUAAUAGAGAAGAACUACAGAAAUUGGUGGACGAAAAUACAAAACGAUUUGAUGGAGUUCCAGAUGAUAGGAUUCCUUGUCCUGAUUAUUGGGGUGGUUUAAGAGUCGUUCCUUUACAAAUCGAAUUUUGGCAAGGUAGACCAAGUAGAUUGCAUGACAGAUUCCUUUACUCUAGAAAGAACGAAAAUGAGCCAUGGACUUUGGUUAGACUGGCUCCAUAG